GAAAAGUUGGACGCCUGAAAGAAUAUCGCCCCGAAAGUCCUUGGACGGUUCCAAAUUUUUCCACGGGGAGUGAGGAGGGACGUCACUCUUUCUUUAUUCGAACAAGUUUUCUUUGUAGCACAGAAAAGUCCUCUGAUUUCUCUGAAUAAGUUUCUGAACAGAAACUGAUUGCUUUUAAGUGCAUCCUUCGGAUUAAUUUCUUUGCUAUUGUGUAACAUGAGAAAUCAAAGAGAUUCUUCAUCUAGUCCUGAUCAAUUGAAAUACGAUGUAUUUCUAAACUUUCAAAGUGAAGGCACAGGCAAGAAAUUCACACAUCAUUUAUGUGCUGCUUUGGAUCGAGAGAGAAUUAAAGUAUUUAAGGGUGACAACGCUUUGGAUCGAGAAAGAAUUGAAGACUCAAGAAUUUCAAUUAUUGUUUUCUCUAAAAGCUAUGCUUCUUCUAUUCAAUGUUUGGAUGAACUUGUUAAGAUUGUCGAAUGUGAAAACACAAUGGGACAAAUAGUCAUUCCGAUAUUCUAUGAUGUGGAGCCACGUGAGUCAAGGCGUCAAGAAGGAGUGUUUGAAGAAGCAUUUUCUAGGCAUGAAGAAACUUUUAAGGAGAAUACAGAGAGAGUGCAAACGUGGAGGAAGAGUCUAAAGGUGGUGUCCAAUAUUUCUGGAUUUCACUUGAAGGAUGGGGAUGAAGCAGAAUUGAUUAAAGUUAUUGUGAAGGAAAUAUCAAGUAAAUUAAGUAGUUCAACUUCAAGUUCAACCUCAACCUCAACUUCAACUUCAGCCUCAACCUCAGCCUCAGCCUCCUCAAACUUGAUCGAUCUCAAAAGAUUAGUGACUGCCUCUGCCACUGGAGUAAUUACAUGUUUAGAGAAUCUUGUAAUGCAGGCCCACACCCACACACUCAGAGUUAGUGGGGCCAAUCGACCUUUGACUCACUUGCCACUCUUUUUUUUUUUUUUUAAAUUUUUGUUGAUGGUCAACUUGAGGUUUUGUCAACAUUUCAAAUCAUUCGUUGACGCCGACAUCAAAUAUAAUAUCUGUCCGUGGGUCCACAGAGUAAGAGUUAGUGUAGCCGUCGGUGUUUUUCAUUGUAAUAUACAAUCUAUUAAUUAUUUAUAUAUUAGGUGGCGUGAGUGUGUGUGUGUGUGUGUGUGUUUUUUUUUUUUUCUUUUUAAUUUGCCAAGGAUUCUGCUUCGUGCACGUAUGAAGAUAAUUUAUACCAAACUAUAAUAACCAUCACACACACACACACACACACAUAUAUAUAUAUGUACGCCUAUUAUUCUUCA